AAGAGAGGGUAGGGAGAAAAUGGGGGCAAAAAACAAUAAUUCGAGCAAGAGAAUAUUCAUGUUUUAUCUAAUACUAAUCUCGUUGUCGUUUUUGGGUUUGGUUUUAAUGUAUAAACCUCUGUUUCUACUCAAUCCCAUGAUCAGUUCUCCCUUGGUAAUUGAGAUUCGUUAUUCUUUGCCGCCACCAGUUAUCAGGAACCCGAGAUGGCUCCGACUCAUCAGGAACUAUCUUCCGGAUCAGAAAAAGAUCCGAGUGGGUCUCCUCAAUAUCGCAGAGAAUGAGCGAGAGAGCUACGAGGCAAGCGGGACGUCGAUCCUGGAGAAUGUCCACGUGCCGCUCGAUCCUCUUCCCAAUAAUCUGACGUGGAAGAGUUUGUUCCCGGUGUGGAUCGACGAGGAUCACACGUGGCACACGCCAAGUUGUCCAGAGGUCCCUCUCCCUCGGGUGGAGGGUACUGAUUCUGACGUGGACGUCGUCGUUGUUAAAGUGCCUUGCGAUGGGUUUUCGGAGAAUAGAGGGCUGAGAGACGUUUUCCGGCUGCAGGUGAACCUGGCGGCAGCGAAUCUGGCGGUGGAGAGUGGGCGGAGGAACGUUGACCGGACGGUGUACGUAGUCUUCAUCGGGUCUUGUGGGCCCAUGCAUGAGAUAUUUCGAUGUGAUGAGCGCGUGAGGCGCGUGGGUGAAUAUUGGGUGUACAGGCCUAAUCUAAGAAAGCUGAAGCAAAAGCUUCUCAUGCCUGUUGGUUCGUGUCAGAUUGCACCGCCGGUUACUCAACUAGACCAAGAAGCAUGGAGACAGCAAAAGAACGAAAGUCUCACAUCAACAACCACAUUAUCACCAUUCGUUGCCCAACGUGUCGCUUACGUAACAUUGCUUCACUCAUCGGAGGUCUACGUAUGCGGGGCAAUAGCCUUAGCACAAAGCAUAAGGCAAUCUGGAUCAACGCAGGACAUGAUACUUCUCCACGACGACUCCAUAACCAACGCGUCUCGCAAAGGUCUAAGCCUAGCCGGCUGGAAACUAAGGUUAGUAGAGAGAAUCCGUAGCCCUUUCUCCAAGAAAGGUUCUUACAAUGAGUGGAACUACAGUAAGCUACGUGUGUGGCAAGUAACAGAUUACGAUAAGCUAGUGUUCAUAGACGCAGACUUCAUCAUCGCCAAGAAUGUUGAUUAUCUUUUCUUCUAUCCUCAACUUUCGGCCGCUGGCAACAACAGAGUCUUGUUCAACUCUGGAGUCAUGGUUCUGGAGCCAUCAGCAUGUCUGUUCCAGGAUCUGAUGCUGAGGUCGUUCAAGAUCGAGUCUUACAACGGAGGAGACCAAGGAUUUCUGAACGAAUAUUUUGUGUGGUGGCAUAGGUUAUCGAAGCGUGUGAAUACGAUGAAGUACUUCGGUGAUGAAAGCAACAAGGGCAAAAAACGCCAUCUUCCGGACAAUUUAGAGGGGAUACACUACUUGGGGAUAAAACCAUGGCUGUGUUACAGAGACUACGACUGUAACUGGGACUUGAAAACGCGGCGUGUGUAUGCAAGCGAGUCGGUGAAUGAGAGAUGGUGGAAAGUGUACGACAAGAUGCCCAAGAAGUUGAAAGGUUAUUGUGGUUUGACUCGUAAGAUGGACAAGAACAUUGAGAAGUGGAGGAAAAUCGCUAAGCUCAAUGGUUUACCUGAAAGGCAUUGGAGAGUUGAAGUAAGAGAUCCAAGGAAGAAGAACCUUCUCAAUUAGUCCGUGAGAGCGUUUUCAAUAAAAUUGAUUUGGUUUGAGAGGCGCCAUGGAGGCAUGAAAGCAUUUGGGAAAAAAGUAAACGGAACUCGCUUGUUCACAAACAAAGCGACUUUGAUCCUUUUAGUUUUUUUUUUUAGUGGAAAAAGAAUAGCGAAUUAAGAGAUGACUGAAAUAAUUAGAAGCAGUCAAAAAUAAUGACAUUUUUUUCAAAAUUUUCCAUGAUUGAAUGAUAUAUGUCAUGUAUAUGUAUGUAUUUAUUUGAAGGAAUUUUUUGGCUCUGAU